UGAAGAGGAGGUUACACUUAUGUUGGCACAGCAUGAGAGGAUUCCCAUGAAAGACUUCAGCAAUGAGGUACGAGCAACGCUGGACAUAGAUAACUUUGUUGGUCAGGCCUCAUUGCUUCUAGACGUCACCGAGACCACAGUGGAAUCCAUCAUGGACCGCCUCUUAGCGAAGCUACUGGAGGGAGACGAGAAGGAAGAAAUCAUCACCAAGGAGGCUAAGUCCGUCCUCUUCAGUCAUGACUCAGCCAGGGACUCUCAGAAAAGCAAACAAAAACACUGCACUAGCCAAGAACCCAAUGGAGAGAAGACAAGGAAAGAAGUUUCAGGUUUAGAUGUAGAAGGAAAGCCCCAGAGAAUUACUCCAGAGAAAACUCACUCAUCCAGAUCAGUUCAUGUGUUGGCCAAGACAAUCCAGGGUACAUCAGAAGGUCUUGGAGGAGGAUUUGACUAUGACCAGUCAUGGAUCUGUGCAUUGUGCUCAGUGCAAUCCUUGCAGCGGCGCCAUGUGGCCAUCGCAAGACUCAAACACGCCGCCAAUCUUGGCCGGACCAGUCAGGAGACGCGAUUCUUCUGCCUGGUCAUGGCACCCAUGAGGGAGAAAGGGACCAAGAAUGCAAUGGAGACUGCUCGGACGUUUGCUACCAUCUUGGCUGACAUUGACUGCAGGCAGUUACUGCAGGCUGCUAAGACAGAGGAAGAUUUCAAAAGGAUCUUGAACUGCUACGCUAAGGAGCUUGCGAUUCAGCAGAGUCAUUCUUCACGUCACCGGCUGUCCAGACCCAGCGUCAUUCCAGCCGAUGGCUUCGAUCAGGGUGCUGGGUUUGCACGUGGUUUCCGAGCUGACUUGAAACGGCGACUCCCGCACUACCUGAGCGAUUUUCGCGACGGCAUCGUUGGGCACAAGUCCGUUCACAAACUCAUCUCCACAACGCUCUUCCUGUAUUUUGCUUGCCUCCUGCCUUCCAUAGCAUUCGGUGUCCUCAACGACAAGAACACCCAUGGAGAAAUAGAUGUGAGGAAAGUGAUUGUGUCUCAGACUUUAGGAGGCAUAUUCUUUGCUUUGUUUGGCGGUCAACCUCUCAUCGUAAUGCUAACCACGGCACCUUUAGCAAUCUAUAUCAAAAUAAUCUACAGUAUCUGCCAGGACUUUGACUUGAGUUUCAUGACCAUGUAUGCCCUGGUGGGUUUCUGGAAUACGUUCUUCUUAAUUGUUUACUCUCUCUGUGAUGCAUCCCGCCUCAUGAAAUGGUCCACAAGAUCAACAGAGGAAAUAUUUGCUCUGUUCAUUUCCAUCGCAUUUUGUGUCGACCCACUGAAGGAACUUGUCUACAAUUUUCAGAAGAACUACAAGUCUGACGGUUGCUCAGAAGCGUUGGAUGACUACGCAUUACUCUACGGGAAUAGCACUAACGGUACGCAGAUACUUAACAUCAAGCCGUGUCUACGAGAGAACUCCCUGGUGUAUCUAAUCCUGAUGUUUGGAACACUGUGGGUGGGUGUCACUCUACACAGCUUCACUAAGAGCCCGUUUCUGGACGCAAGUAAACGUGAAGUUUUAGCGGACUAUGCAUUGCCAGUCAGCGUGGUUGUCAUGUCUUUUGUUGGCUCGUAUUUAUUCAGGGACAUCCAACUGGAGAUGUUUCCAUACCAAGAAGGUAGUUUCUUCACACUGGUGUCGCUAGAAGGCGUUAACGUCUACAUGGUCUUGGGUUCCAUGGGGCUAGGCUUCUGUCUCUCGUUGCUGUUCUUCAUGGAUCAGAACAUCACCGGAUCCAUGGUCAACAGUCCCUCCAACAAGCUGAAGAAGGGUUCUGCCUACCAUCUUGACCUGAUGGUCGUUGCAAUCAUGAACUGCAUCCUCACCAUGUUCGGACUACCAUGGAUCCACGGUGCCCUGCCCCACUCCCCGCUCCAUGUUCAUGCCCUCGCUGAUAAAGAAGAAAGAGUGGACCAGGGACACGUCAGACACAUCAUUGUGAGGGUCCGUGAGAAUCGUCUGACCAUUCUUCUCUCUCAUGCCAUGAUUGGUCUGUCAGUCCUGAUGCUACCGGUACCCUUACAGUACAUCCCCAAUGCUGUCCUCUAUGGUCUCUUUCUUUAUAUGGCCUGCACUGCCCUCGAUGAUAACCAGCUAUUUGAACGGACGAUGCUUCUAAUUACUGAACAGGCUGCCUACCCACCUAACCACUACGUCAGACGAGUACCCCAACGUAAGAUGCACAUCUUUACCUUCACCCAGCUUGUACAGCUAGCUUGCUUGUGCGGGUUCGGCUUCGCUCCUUGGCCCUACCUCAAAAUGGUCUUCCCCCUCCUCAUCAUGUUCUUCCUACCGAUCAGACACCGUCUCGUACCCAAAGUCAUCCACACCAAGUAUCUUGAUGCACUGGAUAAAUGCCACUAGAGGUUAACCCAUCACAUCAGGGACAGGUAAAAUGGUGCACUCCACUGGCGUGAUUUGGUGAUACAUUCCGAAGGCGGAGCUUUUAAUCCUUCUAUUAUGCAACUGCCAAAAAGCUAAAGCUUCUUGCGUAUAAGAAACAAGAUUUUAGCUCAAUGCGUUGCUUCUGUGCGUUUGGUUAUCCAUUGAAGCCAAUGUAAGUGAGUUGGGCGUGAAUUGCACUUGAAGAUGUGGGUUCGAAAUCCGGCUAAGCUAACUGCUGAAUUCACAAUGACUUGAACCUAGUGCCUGGUUUACUGAUUCACAAGUUAUUGGUAUGUGCCAUUCACAUUCAUAGACGUUAAAGGCAGUAGACACUAUUGGUAAUUACUCAAAAUAAUUGUAAGCAUAAAACCUUACAUGGUAACAAGUAUU